AUGGUAGGUGGAGAAGUCGCCGCCGCAGGCGCCGGGGUUGCAGAGGCGGCGAUGAUGAGCGGAGGUUUGGCAGCAGCGGAUGCCGAAGUGCUCGGUCAGACAGCCGGCAGAUUCGCCUCAUCAUCAGGGUCAACGGAGUUCUUUUCGGCCCUGGGAAGCACCGCUUCGGAUUCUUCCGCACUUCGAAGCCUCGCUGGGUCAGAGGCAUCAGGGCUCGAAGAGUUGAAUCCUAUAUUAUCUUCGAGGAGAAGGCCGCAGUCGCUGGGUCCAUCCUACUCAGGCAGGCCGCCGUGGGAAGGACCAGGCUUCAGAAAUCACCCUGCGUCAGAAGGCGGGGCAUACCAAAACUGGGAUAUCCCAGGGCAAGGAGCGGGCGCAGAGGGCGCAGAGAUAUCAAGACACUACUCGACAUCGACAGAAUCAGAAUGGGUCCGCGAGCAGGUCAAAGGAAAACAAACUGCUGCCGAUUGGUACACCUCUAGUGGGGAACAAUCAUCAACAGGAGCGGUAAGAGGAUCCGUAUCGGAAAGUUCAGAAAUUUCGGCAGAAUCGAUAUCAAAAGGGUGGUCGACAGAAGCGGCAGAUGGAUCGCAAUCACAUGCUUGGACUGAAUCUUUUGACGAAGUCAGGACGCCGUCGCAAAUAUCCUCGACAGGCGCGGUGAGAGGCUCGCAACCGAGACCUCUAUCAGACUCGAUGAGCCUCUCCUCAGAGGAGUCGACGGGCAGCGUUGUGCAUCACACCCCCCCAAACGACCCCGGAUCGAUGGAAGCGAUAGAUGGAUCAGCGGAAGCGCUAUCAAUAUCAGAAACGGAUUCGGUGGCUGAAUUGUCGACGGUGGCGAACGACGGGUCACGAGAACAAUAUCUGGAAGGACUGCAAGAAGGAAACUUGGGAUCGUCAAUGGAAGCGAUAGAUGGAUCGGGAGAACAGUUCCUGGAAGAAAUGGAAGGAUUGACAAGAGAGGGAGGGGUAGGCAUGUCGGAAGACUGGGCAGGAGCAUCAAUGGAAGCGAUAGAUGGAUCGAGAUUCGGAUCGAAGGCAGAAGGGGUGGAGGGAGAGGUAAUGGAAGCGAUCGAAGGCGAGGUCAUCUACGACGGGCACUCGCUCCCGCCAGACUCGCCCGUCCCCCAUCACCGCCCGCGACUAGGAGAACCGUCGACAGACUCGCUUGCCUUAGGGGAGUCAAUGGAGCCCGUCCCAGGGGAGGCAAUGGAGUCAACAGCCGGUGCAGCUCGCCGCCCACAGCCGGGAAGAGAACUGUCGGCACACUCGCACGCGCCAGGGGAGUCAAUGGAGUCAACAGGAACUGUAGUCCGCCACCCGCGACCCGGAGCAGAAGCGGCAGCGGGAGGAGCACCAGAGGCAGCAGCAGGACCGAAGAAGGUGAACGAGUGGCAAGACAUAUGGACCGCAGACGAGAUCUUGAAAUUCCCUCGGGAAACGAGAUUCAACAUACUCAAGGGCGACGGGAAGACAACCCCGAUUUUUUGGAGGCCAGGACUGAAAGCGGACGUGAAGACAUAUUCAAGCUGGGGAAAGGCAGUGCGGAAUUUUGUCAAAAAGGAGGGAGCCUUUACCGGCGAGGAAGCCUGCAUCCUCUUUUACAGAAAGCCAGGGCAACUGACCGGCCGAGAAUUUGUGGAAAUGGUCGGCAAGUCGAUUUCUCCCAAACAGAAUGCAAAGCUCUACGCCAUGUCGGGAGAAGAGUUUGCGAAGCUAACCGCGCCGCAACUUCAAAAGUUGCUGCCGCGGCUUUCGAGAUACAACGCGGCAAAGGCCGCUUUUGCGUUUGUUGCCUAUGGCUUGAUUGCAGCAGGAUAUACCUGGGGAAACGUAAGAGGAUUCAUUGGCGCAGAGAAAAUGAAGCCGAUAUACAAGGAUGUGUACAAGCGCUCAGAGAGCGAGCCAGCCUCGCCCGCGGCGAUACAAGCACGUAUACCGCAGGCAAGACUCGUCGUUACCGAAGGGCUGACAUGGGCAUAUACUGACCCGCUCCCGGCGCUGGGCAUCUAUACGGCAAACGACACCACCUCGCAGAUAUUUGACGGGGAUUAUAUCACGGUGCCCAUGUCUACAGGCCCCGAAUACACACUCACCUUUCCGCCCGAAGUCCAGCGGAUACAUCUUACCAACGCCGGCCCCCGGCCAAUCUGUGUAGCGGGCGCCAACAUCACCAGCUUUGACGGUGACUGGAUGAGCUUAAGUGGCAACCUGGGGGCGCAUUUCAAUGUUGACCACUAUGAGACGGGUCAGCAAGUCAUGAACGGGUCGACAUCAUGCGUCUGGAUCGACAACAGCCCAGAGGGCAUUGGCAUCCCUGGGAUAACUUUUCAGUUGGUCCCAGAUAUUGAUGCUCCUCUGGGGGACAACGGUACGGACCUCUUCAUGUGGCCUUCAUUGAAUGACACCUACCGGGCAGAUACGGCGAGCAGCAAGGGGCCUUUCAACUUCAGUGGGCACUUGGUCAAAAGCCAGCUUGGCAGGUCGAGUGCAAAGCGACUGUGUGAAAAUCAGUUCACCAAAGGCCCACAUUUCGUGAGCCUGGACGAGAAGCUGUAUUGUGAUAUGGAGACGCGACAGGUCUACCCGACCUGUGGUAGUGCGGCUGAGGAUGUGGUUUGCUUUGAUGUCAAAAGGGAUGAGCUUGUCGAGCCAGAUGGGGGCAACAGGGGGGAGUCCGAGGUUAAGACUGAAGGGGCCUACGGCUCUUUUUCCAAGCGGCGGCUGAAGAUAACGAAGAACGUUAAGGUGCUUAAGAGCUUCAAGCACGUCCAUGUGUGGGAGUAA